AUGCCCAACAGCAGCUCCAUCAGCGAGUUCCUCCUCCUGGCGCUGGCAGACACGCGGCAGCUGCAGCUCCUGCACUUCUCGCUCUUGCUGGGCAUCUGCCUGGCCGCCCUCCUGGGCAACGGCCUCAUCAGCACAGCCGCAGCCUGCGACCACUGCCUGCACACCCCCAUGUACUUCUUCCUCCUCAACCUCGCCCUCCUUUACCUGGGCUGCAUCUCCACCACUGUCCCCACCAUGGCCAAUGCCCUCUGGGACACCAGGGCCAUCUCCUACAGUGCAUGUGCUGCCCAGGUCUUUCUGUUUUCAUUCUUAUUUUCAGCCGAAUUUUACCUUCUCACUGUCAUGUCCUAUGACCGCUAUGUUGCCAUCUGCAAGCCUCUGCACUACAGGACCCUCAUGGGCAGCACAGCUUGUGCCAGCAUGGCAGCAGCUGCCUGGGGCACUGGGCUUCUCAAUUCUCUGCUGCACACUGCCAAUACAUUUUUACUGCCACUGUGCCGAGGCAACGCUGUGGACCAGUUCUUCUGUGAAAUUCCUCACAUUCUCAAGCUCUCUUGUUCGUACCCUUACCUCAGGAAUCUCAGUCUUAUGACAUUCCGUGCUUUUUUGUUUUUUGGGUGUUUUGUUUUCAUUCUGCUUUCCUAUGUGCUGACCUUCAGGGCUGUGCUGAGGAUGCCCUCUGUGCAGGGAUGGCACAAAGCCUUUUCCACGUGCCUCCCUCACCUGGCCGUGGUGUCUGUGUUCAUCAGCACUGGCUUCUUUACCUACCUGAAGCCCCAGUCCAUCUCCUCCCCAGCAAUGGAUGUGGCGGUGGCAAUUCUGUACUCGGUGGUGCCUCCAGCAGUGAACCCCCUCAUCUACAGUGUGAGGAACCAGGCACUGAAGGAUUCCAUUUGGAAACUGUUACUGUGGAUGUUUCCUGGUAAUCAUGAUGAUUCCAUCUCUCUCCCCAGGUGA